CUUGGACCAGGCAUUUGUUGGACAUUUCCUCAGUCUCUGCUCGGCCUGUCCUACCUUUGUCCCUGCAUGCCUUGUAGACAGGUUUAUUGAUUUCAGCCCUGAGUUUGACUGUUUCCUGCCAUCGACUCUUCUUGGCUGAAGCCUUGUGCUGCCAUUUGAAGAGAACUAAACUGCCAUUUGAAGGAUCAUCUGGACAGCCAGCAGUUUAAAAUUUUGAUCAAGGGGUGAACCAUUCUGCUGAGGCCUGUCAUUUUGGAGUAAAUCACUCACAGAGAAGCUCAAUUAUUUUUAAUACACACCACUUUGAGAUGGAGCCUCCUAUGUCUGAGUAUUAUGAAAUAUUUGAGGAUUUCCGUGGAGUUCUAUUGGAUAAACAUUUCACCAAACAUUGGGAUGAUGUUGAAACCUUCUUGGCGAGGCCAGACGACCUUGUGAUUGCUACUUAUCCUAAAUCUGGAACCACAUGGCUAAGUGAAAUUGUAUAUAUGAUCUAUAAAGAAGGUGAUGUGGAAAAAUGCAAGGAGGAUGCAAUCUUUAAUAGAAUACCUCACCUAGAAUGCAGAUAUGAAGACCAAAUAAAUGGAGUGAAACAAUUGAAAGAGAAGGAAUCUCCUAGAAUAGUGAAAACUCACCUGCCACCCAGUCUUCUUCCAGCAUCAUUUUGGGAAAAGAAUUGCAAGAUGAUCUAUCUUUGCCGGAAUGCCAAGGAUGUGGUGGUUUCUUAUUACUACUUUUUCCGAAUGAUACCUAGUUAUCCAAACCCUGAUUUUUCAGAAUUUGUGGAGAAAUUUAUGCAAGGACAAGUUCUGUAUGGUUCCUGGUAUGAUCAUGUCAAAUCUUGGUGGGAAAAGAGUAAGAAUCCACGUGUGCUAUUUAUGUUCUAUGAGGACAUGAAAGAGGAUAUCAGAAGAGAAGUGACAAAACUGAUAGAGUUCCUGGGGAAGAAGCCCUCAGCAGAGCUUGUGGACAAAAUCAUUCAACACACCUCAUUCCAGGAGAUGAAGAACAAUCCAUCCACCAAUUAUACAAUGAUGCCAGAGCACAUGAUUAACCAAAAAGUAUCACCUUUCAUGAGGAAGGGAAUCACGGGAGACUGGAAGAACCACUUCUCAGCAGCACUAAGGAAGAGAUUCGAUGAACACUAUGAAGAGCAGAUGAAGGACUGCCCUGUGAAGUUCAGAACAGAGCUCUGAGAUGCUUCCUUUUCUUGUGUCUGAAACUGGAAUGUUCUUCACUUUAUCCUCCAGUUUCUCUUGUUUCGCUUUUCAGUACAAGAGUCUUUUUGAAGGCUGAUGAUUUAAUCUCAUUCUGUCUUUUAAACAUUUACAUCAAUUUAAUUUCUGAAUGAGUUUGACAGCAAAAUCACAUUUUUCUCAUAUAUAAUAUAAGCAUGUGUUCUCUAACAGUGCUCAAAUAUUUCUAAUAAAAAUAAUUUGAUGUCUCCAUA